AUGCGACCACCUCCCACGAAAGAUAUGAGACCACCUCUCAUUCAAGAUAUGAGACCACUUGUCAUUCAAGAUUUGAUACCACCUCCCACACAAGAUAUUAGACCACCUCUCAUUCAAGAUAUGAGACCACCUCUCACUCAAGAUAUGAGACCACCUCUCAUUCAAGAUAUGAGACCACCUCUCAUUCAAGAUAUGAGACCACCUCUCAUUCAAGAUAUGAGAACACCUCUCAUUCAAGAUAUGAGACCACCUCUCAUUCAAGAUAUGAGAACACCUCUCAUUCAAGAUAUGAGAACACCUCUCAUUCAAGAUAUGAGACCACCUCUCAUUCAAGAUAUGAGACCACCUCUCAUUCAAGAUAUGAGAACACCUCUCAUUCAAGAUAUGAGACCACCUCUCAUUCAAGAUAUGAGAACACCUCUCAUUCAAGAUAUGAGACCACCUCUCAUUCAAGAUAUGAGACCACCUCUCAUUCAAGAUAUGAGACCACCUCUCAUUCAAGAUAUGAGACCACCUCUCAUUCAAGAUAUGAGAACACCUCUCAUUCAAGAUAUGAGACCACCUCUCAUUCAAGAUCUGAAACCACCUCUCAAUAUAUGA